AUGGUGAAUUACUAUGACAUUGAUGAUAUUCUCACAGUAGGAGAGUUUGUCCCAAUGGAUUCCCGCAAGGAAGUCAAUAGAGUGAAGAUCGAUGACAGUGUCGAAAAGGGUUUUGUUGAAGCAGGUUCUAGGUGGGAGCUGCUUUUCUGGCUUGUUAAGGAGUUACAUUUGAGGCAAGCCGUAUCAAUGAACAUUCCUGCCUGUUUCAAUCAAAAGUAUAAUGUUGUUUUGUUGAUAUCAGAACACGGCUGCGUGGAUUUUAGAUCUCGGUGCCCAUAUUUCUAUGGAUUUGGAUGCAAGAUAGCACCACUGUGUGAACAAACCAUUGGAUGUUUGCUAUUAUCUGCCUUCAAAAUCAGAUAUGAGAUAAUCUUAUGCAAGGCACGCACUGCAGUGUUUUCUGCAUCUUCCAAACUCUCUAUGCUUUUAACCGAAGAAGAAACUGAUAUGUAUGAAGCCGCUCAAUCGUCCAUGGCAGCCUUUAAGAAGUGGAGGAUUGGCGGCCCUAGAUUUCAGAAAGAAUCCAUCCUUGGGAAAAAGAAAAAAAAAUUUAUCGAGACUACUAAGGAGCUCACAAUCAGUUUCUUCUUUGGUUAA